AUGAAGCCUGUGGUGGUUUUCUCCAACGCCAUCGGGGACGGCGGUUUAAUGCAGGCACAGUGCGGACAGGCAGGGUUGAGCUUGGCCAGAUUCGUUUCGGACGCAGCGGAACGACGAGGGGACAGGGCUGUCAAGUCGCCCAGGACAGCUCACGAGCCCAGAGAAGGCUUCGGGAAAGCAAACACCCUUUCUGAGCCGGACGCAGCGCUGUCCAUGCCGCCGUACAUAUCCGACUUCACCACGACGGCGCUCUCACGCACCCCCUCGACUGCGUCUGCGCCGCAACCCCCGCCGUCGCCGCUGCCUGCCCGCUGGUCGCUGACGAACCGCAUCUUCAACCUCAACCCCCUGCGCAGCUUCUACGAGGGCCCGCCGCGCCCGCCCGCCUCGCGCCUCUGGAACCCCGUGAACUCGUCGCCGCGCACCCUCGCCGUCCACCGCCCGCCGCCCCAGCCAAACCUCCCCAUUGAGCAGCCUGCAGCCGCCGACCGCGACCACGACCGCGACGAGUACCCGCUGCUGACCCUCCCCCAGCGCCGCCAGAGCCGCCACAGUUCCCUGGCUGUCGAACGUUCCACGGCCGAGGACACCAUCAGCUGUCGCACAAGCAUUGCCCUUCCGCGCCCCCGCAGGAGCCUGCUGCAGCCGACACCGGGACCCAGUGACGCCAUGACCGCCGACAGCAGCAACAACGAUGCGCUAUCCGCCGGCGUAGCACCACGCAGCGACGUCGAGGCCGGCCUGAGCAAAGAGCAGGGGCCCGCACGCAUCUCGCUGCCAGGCUCCCGCCGCACCUCAGUGCACAGCGGCCGCGGCGGCGACGACGACGACGACGCUGCGUCCGAGUUUCCAUGGGGCCCUGCGCAUCCAUGCUUCCCCCAUCCGAACCCACACGUCCCGCUCAAGUCGGAGCUGUACCACAACACACGCAUCAUCCGCAUAAAGCGCGACUGGAUGAUGGCGGGGGACCUCGCGCCCACGUUCGCCAACCUCUACCCUGAGAUCCUCGACCCCCUGGUCAGCGAGGACGACUUCCGGAAUCUGGUCAAGAAGAUCAACGACACGCUGGUCGAGGCCUUCGACCCCUUCACCUUCCGCGCGUGUCUGGACGCCGUCAUGGGCGUCGCAACCUUCUGGCUGUGGGACGACGUGGGCCUGACUGGCGUGAAGAAGAAACUCGCCGAGCUGGAGCGCUGGAUCGACGACUGGAAUAGGGAUGUGGGCGCCAAGGAGGCCGUCAAGAUCAUCCCGCUGCGGCGGACGGGCUAUCUCACGGUAUGUGCACUCGACAUACAAAUACCAGACCCCCACCUCGGCCCGGACACAGGCUCAUGGCCGGCCACACAGGAAGACGAGCGCGUCGAAGCCAUCCAGCAGCAGCGCGAUCAAUACCUCCCGUACCCAAUCACACCCACACUCCAAGUGAACUCGCAACCACAACCCAUCGGGACAUAG